CAACGAAAUGCUCAGCCCGAGAGCCGCACCAAGAUGCUGGAUGGACGCCUCUCCCUGGGAUGGCUGUCACUGGCGCUCCUAGUCCUCCUCUCCGGCGGACCCACCGCUGCCUACUUCGGGCUGACAGGGAAUGAACCUUUGACAAUUCUCUCUCUGACCUCAGAACCAGAGGGAGCGGCAGAGAAAGCCCACUACAAAAUCUGUGACCGCCUCAAACUUGAGCGCAAGCAACGCAGGAUGUGCCGGAGAGACCCGGGGGUAGCGGAGACCCUCUUGGAGGCGAUUAGCAUGAGCGCUCAAGAGUGCGAGUACCAAUUCCACUUCGAGCGCUGGAACUGUACUUUGGAGGGACGAUACAGGGACAGCCUACUUAAUCGAGGGUUUAAGGAAACAGCCUUCCUCUACGCCAUCUCCUCAGCAGGGCUGACGCACGCCAUGGCGAAGGCGUGCAGCGCGGGCAGGAUGGAGCGCUGUACGUGCGACGAGGCGCCAGACCUAGAGAACAGGGAGGCCUGGCAGUGGGGAGGCUGCGGGGACAACCUGAAAUACAGCAACAAGUUUGUAAAGGAGUUUCUGGGGAAAAAGUCUGACCGGGACCUCCGAGCCCGCGUGGAUUUACAUAAUACCAACGUGGGCAUUAAGGUGAUUAAAGCUGGAGUGAAGACCACUUGCAAAUGCCACGGGGUUUCCGGAUCCUGUACAGUCCGCACCUGCUGGAGACAACUUUCACCUUUUCACGAAAUUGGAAAGCAGCUGAAGCAAAAAUACGAAACUUCUCUCAAAGUAGGAAGCACCACCAAUGAAGCGACUGGUGAAGGGGACAUUUCUCCACCUAAAAAGCCAGUUUCUGGUCACAGUGACCAAAUUCCAAGGACUACGGACCUUAUCUACAUUGAUGACUCUCCGAGCUUCUGUCGGAUGAGCAGGUUUUCUCCCGGCACGGCGGGGAGGAGGUGUUACAAAGACAAAAAUUGUGAGAGCAUUUGCUGUGGUCGGGGACAUAAUACUCAGAGCAAGGUGGUGACGAGGCCUUGCCAGUGUCAGGUCCGCUGGUGCUGCUAUGUGGAAUGUAAACAGUGCACACAGAGAGAGGAGGUGUACACCUGUAAAGACUAACCUGCUCUCUCCUUUGUUCAUGAACAGAUUAAGGAGACCAUCAUAGGAUUUGAAUACAAACAGGGUUUGGUUGGCAAAAUUGGAUGGAGACCUGAAUUUUGUUAGCACUUUUUUGGGUGUACUCGCCCAACUGUGUUUUUCAUGAUCUGAAUUUCAUAGGGUGGAGGAGGAUUUUUAUUUUUUUGAGAAUUAUCUAUUCGUUCCUAUUUAAAUAGUGGACAUUCCAAGUCAUUUUUCCACACGGUCAUCUCUUGGUCCUUUAUGUUCUCGCCUGCCUCUCAACAUCAAAACGUUAUGAUGAGUCUAACAAGAUACUCCUGGACCAGUGACUAGAGGCAAGAGUAGCAUGCAUUAGGACAGACGAAAAAAAGAAAAGAAAACGGAGUAACUGGAUGAGAAGGGAAGCAUUCUACCUUCCAGUUUUUAAAUGUUUUAAAAAAAAAAUGCAGGUGCAGCCAGUAGGCCACAGUUGAUGGUCCCUGCUUUGACGUCUUGGUGUUUUUUUAAAAACAUUGCAAAACCAAACAACUUUGGUCUCGUACAAACGCUAUUUUAUAAUCUAUUUUAUGAAUUGAUGUUGCACCAUCACAGAUGUAAGGUCAAUGUACUCUUUAGGGUACAAAGUCAACCAAAUCCAGAUGCCUUUUUAGCACUAUCACUGUCUUAAAGAAAAACCACUAGAAAAAAAUGUAUUUUUCCUUUUUUGUAUAAAUAUAUAGUUUUCCUGAAUUUAAAAAAAAAAGAAAAAAAAAAAACCCUGUGGAGGUUCAUGUUAAAGUUCUUCAGGGACUAAACUACGUAAUAAUCGGCGAACAAAGUCACUGACAAAUGGUUUGCUCAGCAUUUUAAAUGAGUCCUAGGUAGGACAGUGGUGCCCAGCUCAUAGCCAGUCAACACAACUUGCCCUUCUCAGUUUUGUGACGUAGCUGGUAAAGGUGUCUAUCCGGUUCAGGUCUCUGAUCAUCUAGGCGCCCAUGCCUCCUUUCACAGGAUUUAGUUUUUAAGGAAUCCAAAGGGCCUUUCGAGGGUUAUCCAAAGGGCCUUUCGAGGGUUGUCCAAAGGGCCUUUCGAGGGUUGUCCAAAGGGCCUUUCGAGGGUUAUCCAAAGGGCCUUUCGAGGGUUGUCCAAAGGGCCUUUCGAGGGUUGUCCAAAGGGCCUUUUUGAGGUUGUCCAAGGGGCCUUUUUGACGUUGUCCAAGGGGCCUUUUUGACGUUGUCCAAGGGGCCUUUUUGACGUUGUCCAAGGGGCCUUUUUGACGUUGUCCAAGGGGCCUUUUUGACGUUGUCUUGCUGAUCAUUGUCAAUGGUCUAAAAUUUUUACCCAAACCCGAAAGAUGCAUAAAUGGUGAUAUCCUCCACUUUGGCGAUACCUCCUUGCUUCUUGCUAUGCCUACAGGACAUAAAGUUGAGGUAAAAUCCCCUCAAUAGGACACAGAUGGCA